AUGCGUCCAGAAUUGCCAAUCGGAUUGACGGAGCGACGGCCUCCGUUGGAAACACAACAGUCAACAAUAUGGACGAGGCGCCAACAAGCUGUGUGCGUAAGACGUGCUUACAAGAAGUAUGGACAGAGCUCCAAUCCACAUGUUAUACUUGAUGGGCUUAACAUGACUGUCCCAAAAGGCUGCAUAUAUGGUCUUUUGGGAGCCAGUGGAUGUGGAAAAACUACAUUGUUGAGUUGCAUAGUUGGUCGCAGAAGACUGAACGCUGGUGAAAUAUGGGUGUUGGGCGGUAAACCGGGAUCUGCCGGCAGCGGCGUUCCAGGACCUCGUAUCGGAUACAUGCCUCAGGAAAUUGCGCUUUAUGGAGAGUUUACGAUACGGGAAACUAUGCAGUUUUUUGGCAUGGUAAACGGCAUGACGCCAAAACAAGUGGAUGACAAAAUAGAAUUUUUACUUAAAUUCUUAAUGUUACCGUCGGCCAGCAGACCGGUAAAAAAUUUGAGUGGUGGACAGCAACGAAGAGUUUCUUUUGCCGCGGCACUGUUACACAAUCCCGAGUUACUGAUUUUGGAUGAACCUACUGUUGGCGUUGACCCAGUUCUUCGACAAGGAAUAUGGGACCAUUUAGUCCAUUUAACUAAGGAUGGAGGAACAACCAUUAUUGUAACCACACAUUACAUUGAUGAGACUAGGCAAGCUCAUAUGAUUGGUUUAAUGAGAGGCGGAAAAUUUUUGGCUGAAGAAUCGCCUACAUCCCUGUUACAAAAAUACAAUUGUCAAUCACUAGAAGACGUUUUUCUAAAGCUUAGUGUCAUUCAAAACCGUGGAAAACGGAGGCGUAGCAGCAUUUUGCAUGACAUAACAGCCGCCAUUUCUGUUCCGGAAACAUCUCCCGCUCCUGCUAUCGAAGCGCUGAAUUCGAUAUGUGACAACUCGUCGGAAAUGAGCGGAGAAUUUGGAGACAGUAUUAGUCCAGUUCCACUAAGUAAGCGUAUGUCUGUAUCUUCGAUGCAAGUCAACAAUGCGGAAAUGGAACUUCCGCCAGAAGUAAAUACUAAAAUGGCAUUUUUCGACCGAUGCAAAAUAUUUCAGACGCAUCACAUGCGAGCAUUGAUAUGGAAAAACUUUCUGUGGAUGUGGAGAAAUGUGGCGGUAAUGAUGUUUAUUGUCGGACUUCCAGUUGCCCAAAUCGUGUUGUUUUGUUUGUCCGUUGGAAAAGAUCCUCAUGGCUUGCACUUGGCCAUCGUCAACCAUGAAACCAACAAUAGAACGUGCCCGCCGACCGGAUCUUGCGAGUUAACUCAACUCAGUUGCCAGUUCCUACGUCAGAUUGAACUACGGCGGCAAGUAUUAGAUUAUUUCGACGACGAAGAAUCCGCUUUUCGAGCAGUUAAACGUGGUAAAGCUUGGGGUGCUAUAUCUUUCACUUCAAACUAUUCAACGUCACUAAUGCAACGUAUGGACGAAGGGUCGGAAACAACGGAGUUGGCACUAGAUGAUAGUGUUGUCUCCAUUUGGCUCGACGAAUCGAAUCAACAAAUAUCCAUGCUGCUUCGACGAGAUCUUGUGUUUGCUUUCGAAGAUUUUGCUAAACUUCUGGCGGUAAAUUGUAACUUCAGUACAAAAGUCGUAACUAGCCCUAUACAGUUCCAUAAACCUAUAUACGGCCCAUACGUACCAAAUUUUACCGAUUUUGCUGCUCCAGGGGUCAUACUCACGAUUAUAUUUUUCUUGGCCGUAGCUUUGACGUCUGGCGCUAUGUUGAUCGAAAGAAACGAAGGCAUAUUAGAAAGAAGUUUAGUUUCAGGUAUUACGGGGAUUGAAGUACUUUUAGGGCACGUGGCGUGUCAACUUGUAAUCAUGGUGUUCCAAUCACUGAUGGUCAUUGCAUUCGCAUUAGUUAUUUUUGAUGUUACCAACGAAGGGGAUGUGUUUUGGAUAUGCUUAUUAACGAUACUGACUGGAUUGUGUGGCAUGUGUUUUGGAUUUGUAGUUUCUUGUGUAACUGACAGUGAGAGGAAUGCGACAUAUUUGGCAAUGGGCAGUUUUCUUCCAAUCGUCAUGCUUUGCGGCAUAAUAUGGCCAGUGGAAGGAAUGCACGCAGUGACAAAAUCCAUAAGUUUUAUUUUGCCACUAACACAGUCUACGGAGUCGAUGCGAUCAAUGUUGGCAAGAGGUUGGCCAAUCACCGAACCUUCUGUUUACAUUGGUUUUUUUUCCACAAUAAUAUGGAUUUUUGUAUUCCUCACAUCUAGUGUACUGUUGAUUAAAUUCAAAAAAGGAUAG